GGCCCACCGAUUAUUGGACGAUUAGCUUCAUUCGAUAUAGCCAAGUCUAGACUUGCACUAGUGACUAUGUACAUAAUAAAGGCCCAAUAUUUUACACAAAUGAUGUAGGACCCUUCCCUUCCCUCCCAUACCCCGCCCCAACCGCCAUUCACAAUGAGCAAAGGCAAUUCAUCGAGGGAUUCGACUCAAGAAACCCACACAUCUAGCGAAGCAACAGCUCGUGAGAGCUCGCACCGACCCCGUGGCAAAUUCCGUCAGUUUCUGGGGGAGGUUAAGGGCCGUGUUAAAGAUGGUGUGCACAACUUAAGAACCUCUCACUCGAAGGAUUCCCGCAGCCGUGGGCCUGUUCCCCCGAAUGUCCAUCAUGAACGUGCUUCAUCGACACCGAAUACUGAGGCUCAGGUUGCUCCGUCUGGUGUAGAAGUGGAGGCUGGUACCCAAUCGGCACUUCAGGAUGCACAACAGGCUGUACAACGCAUGCAUCCACUUUUGGGACCUGUGAUAACUGUGGCUUCUGUUGGCCAAGACUCACAAGCGGAUCUCGACGCUGCUUACGGUUUCCAGGACACAUAUCUCCAACCCCUCAGGAUAUUCGACGAUGUUAUCGGAAAGAUCGCAGAUGUACAUCCAUAUGCAAAGAUGGCACUGGGCGUGUUAUCUUGUGCAGCCAAA